AUGCAAUAUGUGAUUAAAGAAGUUGUUAAAGUAUUAUUAUCAACACGUACUAUGUCUCAAGAAAUAACUAAAGAUCCGUUUGAAUUUUGUGAUUCCUCGUCAGUAGCAUCCCAUGAUGGGUACAAUAACGAUGAAAUUAAUAAUAAACUGAAUUUAUUAUUAACAAAUAUUGAACGAAUUGAUAAAAAUGUUUUGAAAUUAAAUCAGUUAGUAGAUGUAUUAAUAUCCAAACAAACAAUAAUGGAAAUAACAUUAAGCAGUAUAAAUGCUGAUUAUGUUAAUACAAGAGAAAUUAUUUAUAAAACAGAAACAUCAUGUUCGAAAAUAUUAAAUAUUAUUGAAGAACGAGCAUUAUCGUAUGAACACGCAAUUGAAGAUGCUGCAAAACAAAUUCAAAUGGUUACACAAAAGGCUCCAGAUGGUAGCCAUUUUAAUCAAACAAACAAUGUUCAUGAAACCUGUAUCAAUUUAGCACGCAUAGUUGGUAAUGAUAAUAUAUAUCAGACAAUUGACUUGAAUAAUGAAGAAUAUAACACAGCCGAAAACAACGUCUCUCUCGUUAUAAAAACAGCAAACGAUAUGAUUCAUGCACCAUAUGAACCAAUUAAUAAAAGAAAAACAAGCGAAGAUGAUACCUUAUUAGAUCUUCAUAGUCAAGUAAUGCAGGUAAAAUACUAUUACUUAAUUUCACUAAU